CUUCCAUCCUGCACAUCUUUAUCCCCACAACUUCGCACCCCUCACACAACCCUCUUCUUCUCUCAACACUUUCUCGUCGACUGUCAAAUCCGCCAUCUCUCCAUACCGCGACCAUUCGACGACGAUACGACUCGACCGUCUCUUUCUCUCGACCGCUGCUUGACAACAUUUGAUGGGUUUGGGAUUCAUGCGAAGUUGCGACUGACUGGGACCCCGAGAGAGGACGGAAUCCGUACCCCCGUGGCAAAAUAUCUCCGGACACCAUUCACACUCGACAGAAUGCCUGGAAUACUUCCUAUGAAAGUGAUCAAGGUUGGGUCGAGUUCGCAGAGCCGGAUUGCCCAAGCCUGUGAUCGCUGUCGCAGCAAGAAGAUACGCUGCGAUGGCAUACGACCCUGCUGCUCGCAAUGUUCCAACGUCGGCUUCGAGUGCAAGACCAGCGACAAGCUCAGUCGACGAGCGUUCCCGCGUGGAUAUACCGAAUCGUUGGAGGAGAGAGUACGUGCGCUAGAGGCUGAAGUGAGGGAAUUGAAGGAUCUGUUGGAUGAGAAGGACGAGAAGAUCGACAUGCUGUCCAAGAUGCAUCAGAACCGUCGCCCGUCAACAUCGUCUGCCCCAAUAGCUUCGGAAUCUCGAAAAGAGAUGGUUACUACGCCGCCGAAAGAAGAUGUGUUCCGCGUUCAGGCGUCACCGUUGCUGCUUGGAUCAGAAAACUCGGAUUCGUAUUUCAUGGGAGCAUCAAGUGGUCGAGCUUUUGUCGAUGCAUUCAAGCGAAGAAUUCAGGAGAGCGGAAAAUCCCUCGCCGGUUUCAACACCGAAGCGUUCCUGAACAUUCAGGGCGACAAGACCCCCAUUUCUCCAGCCUCCGUGUCUAAAACUUCAACUGCACCGCCUCGCAUGUUUUCCGAUAGAUGUGUGAAUGUCUUUUUCCAAGAGUGGGCACCGCUAUUCCCGGUCCUUCACAAGCCUACGUUCCUUAGAUUGUAUGAGGAGUACAUGUCGAACCCGGACCAGGUCACCGAGCCACACAAGCUGGCACAGUUGCAUCUUGUCUUUGGUAUUGCUGGAUUGUCCAGUGAUAUCCCUGACCGCGAUCAAAUUGCUUUCUGUGAGAAUCAAUGGCACAUAUCCCUCGAAGCAGUGCUUAUGGACAAUACACUUGUAACUCUUCAGUGUCUGAUCCUUGCACUCGUUUAUUGCAUUUCUAAAGCCGACUACAAUCGUCUUCAACAUUACAAAGGAAUCGCCAUUGGACUUUCUCAUCGUCUGGGAUUGCACCAAAGCCAAAAACGGUUUUCAUUCGGCGUUCUUACUAUCGAAACACGGAAGAAGGUUUUCUGGACGCUCUACACUGUUGAUUGUUUCUCCGCUGCUCUCCUUGGUCUACCAAAAUUGUUGAAAGAAGAAGACAUCCAUGCAGAGUACCCAUCAGACACCGAUGACGAGUAUGUCACCGAAAAAGGUUUCCAGCCCACCCUUCCUGGCGAAUCCACGAAGAUCUCCAGUGCUUUGGCUCUUUUCCGUGCCUCGCGUAUCCUGUCCAAGGUCUUGGAUCAGAAUUAUCCGGCUGCUGCAACACAUGAUCUCUCGCUUCAGUCCCUCACUUCCCUCGAGACCGAGCUCAACGAGUGGUCGGACAACCUCCCAGCUCAUCUCAAGCUCACAUUCGUUCAAGAUAAACCGUCGACAGAUGUCACUGGAAGUCGAUCUGCGUUACUUUCUCUCGCUUAUUACUACAUUCGCACUCUCAUCCACCGGCCUGCUGUUGGCUCGACUCUUGGUAACAAGGCAUCGUCGUCUGUCAUCUCACUCGCAGACUCCAGCAAACACAUCAUUCAGAUUGUUCAGCUCCUUGAAGAGCGAAGCAUGUCUUUCUCAUUCUUCUUGAACAAGAACGAGAUGCUCACACUCUGUGGUCUGAGUCUCCUCUAUCAAGGGCUCGACCUUAAGCAAGAAGGCAAAUUAAUGCAAGAUGGUCAACGCUUGGUCGUAUCUGUUAUCCACCUCCUCGAGAAGGCGCGAGCCCCUGGAGCAGCUGACUUCAAGAAACUUGCUGCCUCUAUGAUCAACUUGGAACCACAAUCAAGAGUAUCUCCUGGACGCAGCCCUAACAGCAUGGCCGCUCCUACAAGUGCGAAGUCUACUCCUUCACCACCAAUUGCCAGGCAACAGAUUCGGCCCCAGAUGUACCGUCAAGGAAGUGCUACAAUGAGUGAGGCUGACUUGCUAUCUCAACAAGAGAAGCUCAGACGCGCUGCAGUUCCAAACAUCAGUCAACGUCAGGAUUAUAAUCCUCGGGGACGGACCUCAACAGACUCCACGCGUUCUGAGUCGCCAAUGUCCAAGCGCGAUUUCCGUUCCUUAGCUCAACAGCUACCAACAAUGUUGAAGCCUCGCCAAGUGAAGAUUGAAAAGCCCCCGAACCUAGAUUAUCUCUCCCUUAGCAGCACACCCGUUCCAUCGCAACCCCAGUCUCCAAUUCAAAACCGUACGCAACAGCAACAGCACAGGCAAAACAACCAUGCCCCCAUGUACCAAAACAACCCGUACUCUACUACCAAAACUUCAAGCGUGUCGCCAUCGGAGUGGGAGGCUCUCCUCGGCUCUCUCGAUGGAGGUCAGACGAACUUGUACGAUGCAAUCUAUGGUGGUCCUGCCCUUUCACUUACUGAGAAUACCACCUCAAACUAUGGCGACUGGUCUCCGGAUUCUCAAUGGGAUAUGACUUCGUUUACCAUGAAUGAUUUCAGCAGUGUUCCUGGCGCGGCUCGGAGUGUCUUGAGCUUCAGCGAAGAAAGUUUGAGUUCCGGAGAAGAUCUCUCAGCGAAUGAUUUAGGGUUGGGCGGUAGACCACUGGACUACAGACAGGCUUUAUUACCGCGAUCUGGCUCGGAUGGGUAUCUGCUUGAGGGGCUGGAUGCGACUUUUGGUUUAUAAUGUCGGGAAAUAUGACUGGAGCAAUGGCAUCUUCAUUGGGCUUUUGACACAUUUGUAAAUAUCUCGUAUAGCUGGGAUACAUUGGCUAUGGUGUCGACUCGGCGCUGUGGUUGGGGGAAGUCUCCUUUGUUAAAGCGGAAGAUUUACUACUGUUGGAUAUGGUUUCAUGAUGAUAUUCACCUUGGAGAGUUCUCACUCCAGGUUUUAUAGCCCGAAAAACGUUUACUUUGUUAUGCUCGAUGUACGUUAGUUACAUAUCUAUGGAAUGAGAACCGGAAGUUAAAAUAAUAUUCGUUUUUAUCGGUGAAGUCUGGCUGCAAGUGAGGUGUCUGU